UGCGCAAUCUGUUUGGGUCGUCACCCCCUCAACGAAGUCGCCAGAUGCAACCUCGAACAGACCUGGGAUGGCCAACCGACAUGGUGCUCGCGAAACGGCGCGAGGAUCGUCACAGCCGAGGGGAACACAAUCUGCACGGAUUGGCAGCGAGAGUCGGGCUGCACUCAUACUGGACACCCCGAGCGCCACAAGUGCUCC